AUGUCCAAGAUAUCUCUAGCUUCUUCUGCCACUUCACAAUAUACAAGACCAAUCGUUUUUAGAGAAAGCUUUAGUGCUGAGGAAGUUCCGAGUCCCUGGAUCAGAUUGCAAAAUUGAAUGAAGUUGAUUUUCCAGUCACUAUUAUUAGUAGAACCUCAACAGUAGAAAUCAAGUGUCUUUAUCUGACAAUUUUCCCUCAGGUUGGAAAGAUCUAGUCUACCAGGGAUCAAAAUUGUACAAUAGUAAAAUUCCAGGACUUCAACAUGCUUAUAUGCACAUAGAAUCCUCUUUAGAUGAUGAGCUUUGACCAGGAAAUUAUCCAGACUCACCUUCUUGGAUACUCUGCAGCUGAAUUUAGCUAACUGAUUCAAAUGUAGAGAAAUGGUAACUCAUUUUCUGGAAAGUAAAUAGAAAUGUAGUUUGGCUACUUGAGAAGGAAAUGAGCUUUCAAGAGAAGAAUGAGUGUGGCUUUUUCUCCUAGCUCCCACACAAAUCUCAAAGUUCUGAAUGUUUAAUAAUUUUAGCUGCAAUAUCUUUCUCGGAAAUGCAAAACUUCUGGGGUCCCAAAAUGAUAAAAAUAGCUUUUCAAUCAAAAUUCCUUCAAAAUCUCAACUUUUCUCGUAAAACAGUUUCACAUCUGACUAACUAUAACCUCUGAAUCAAUUCUUUCACUAUCAAUUACAAUUUCCCUCUCUUCUCUAUA